GAAUUUCGCCGGGGAUAUUAGCAAAGUUUUUAAGAAAAUUCUACUCUGAGUAACGUCUCUUCGAUAUAGAAUACGUAUACGUACAUACACACACACACACACACAUACACACGCAUACAAUUCAUAAUUAUAUAUAAGAAAAGAAUGAGAAAGAAAAAAAAAGAAAAGAGAGAGAGAGAGAGAAAGUGAUAAAAAGAUAGAUAUACGUACAAGUAGUACAAGGACGUGCAACGACAGACAGAUGACAAGUAGAAACAGUCAGAUGACAACGGGUAAGCGCAGACAGGCUCCAAGUAGAAAGAGACGUACUAGAAAGACAGAUUGGUGGAAAUAGAAGAAAAAAAAAAAACAAAGAAACGGACGUACUGACAAAUAAGAUAGAAACAAAUAGUAGGUAGAAUAGAGUGAGAUAGAGAGACGGAUAAAGAGCAAGUGCAUCAUCUGUCUUUUUCAUCAAAGAGACUUGAACUUACCACCCCAUCUUCUAACUCGGUGCCUACUUUUCUUCCUCUCUCUCUCUCUUAUUCUUACCCAUUCUCUAUGUUUUUCUGACCGAACGCGAGUCGCGUGCCAUUCGCUCUUAAAGUCUCUCUCGUGCUUUCGAACGUCGCAUCGUUAAGCGACUAGUAGAAAUCCAAACGCUAUAUCUACAUCGUUCUUAUGCGAAGCAUUUGUGUAGAACAACAUCAAACGAUCUCUCUCUUUCUCUCUCUCUCUCUCUCUCUCUCUCUCUCUCUGUCUUUCUUACUUUCUCUUUCUUUCCUUACUCUCCCUAACCCCAGCCAUAGCUCUCCCCACCUCCCGUUUUCUUUUUAUCGCACACCCUGUUACCCCCUCGACCCCACCCCCCCACUCCUGCCCUCCGCUCUCCUUCUAAAUGAAAGAAGAGAGAAAUAGUGGUGGUCGAAGGAAUGGCAAAAACAUUUAUGUAGCGUAAAGCAUAAAUUCCCUAUCAAAUAUUCGUUCGUUUAAUAGGAAUUUGCAUUUGUUAAUCGGUCACGUCGCGAAGCUUAUCAUCGCGUUCUAUUGAAAGGAGAACAAAAAAAAAGGGAAAGAAAAAGCGGAAAAAGGAAAAAAGAAUAGAAAGAAAAAAGAAAAAUGAAAUCAAAAAAGAGGAGCAAUAAAAAAAAAACCUACUCGCGAUAUAUGUCCGGAAUAUUAAAAGUAAAUCGCCUGGCCGUAUGACUACCCUCGAUCGUAAGCCAUACUCGAAUACUUCUUUCAUUUUACUUCCUUACAAUUUUCUUCAUCGACGAUGGACUUUUAGAAAUCAACUUUGUUCUUAUCGGGAUACGAGCGAAAUGAAAUACUUUUUCCUUUUCUUUCCUUUCCUAUUUUCUUUCUUUCUUUCUUUUUUAAUACAAUGAAACAACCGUAAGAUAAAAGUCCGACGAUAAACAAUAAACCGUUCCCAUAAUCGUCUGUUUUUUUCUUUUUUUAAGAAAAGAAAAAAAAAGAAAAAAGUAAUAUAUAAAUCAGAUAAAAUAAUAUUUGUUGAUAAAGAACAACAAUGUUGAGGAUAUCGAAACGAACAUAUCUUUUCUUAUUUUACGAAAAGAAAUACGCUCUGUUCUAAAUAAAUUUAAUAAAGCAAACAGAAAAGUAACGUAGAAAAUGUUCUAUCCUAUGUUUUGCAUGAAACGAACUGUUCGUUCGUUGCCGAUCAAGACGACGAAACGAAAGAAAAACAAAAAUGACAAAAAAAAAAAAAAAGAAAAAAGGAAAAAAAAGAAACAAACAAAAACAAACAAAAAAUCAGGGGAAUAAAAGAACAUAUCGAUAAAUAUUCCAUCUCUUUAUGCAAAUGAAUUUAGUCGUCAUAGUCGUAGUCGUCGUCGUCGUCGUCGCCGUCGUCGUCGUCGUCGUCGUCAUAGUUUCAACGAAUCAACACGCGAGUCCAAGUAAAAGAGUCUUUGAUUCGUGUUUGCAUGGCCAUUAAAAAGAUUUCAAAAGUCCUCCCCUUUCCCCUCCUCGUCCCUCCCUAUCGCCCCUAAGGUAGAACGAGAUCGUUCAAGUGAAAGAGAUUUUCGGGCCGUGAUAUAUAAUAUUAUAGUUUCAUUGUCUAUAUCAGAAAGUUUAAUGGAAAAAUUACUGGACGAAUGACGAUAAAUGCAAAAGCAAAUUGAAACAUGAAUGAGAUAGCUGAAAGACGACUAAUAAGUAACAACGAUUGAAUAAUAAAGCCAACAACGGCGCUUUGCCGUCUACGGACCUUCGGGCGAUUUGCCACUUAUCUCGGAACUUAACGAAUGGCUAAAUGCAAUGUCGUCCCGCUGUUAUAAUUGUUGUUUACGUUCGCAAAUUCUAACAAAUGUAGAUUUCGAGUCUAUCCAAAGGGGAAAUACAAUCAACCAUGGCAUUCUCAUCGUGAAGUCCUCGUAAGCCUCGUGAACGAAAAACCAUUCUAUUCCUUUUUGCGCAAACGUAUGUCCAGACAAAUCACGCGAGAUUGUGAAACAUCGAUAACGUCCUGGGAAAAUUGCACUCUGGAAAUUGUUCAACAUGCAAUUACAUACAUGCGAAAUGAAUAAAUAAUGUUGAAUGAAUAUUUUUCAUCGUCAUUAUGAAUAUAUCGUUUCAAUGUUAAAUUAUCCGAUCUAUAUUUAGGAUCAUGCAAUCAAUCGUUAGGAAUGGAAUCUGGUGCUAUUCCAGAUUCCUCGAUCACAGCGUCAUCGUCGUACGUAACUAAUGUUGGUCCACGUAAUGGAAGACUGCGAAAGGAGACGGCGGGUGGCGCAUGGUGUCCAAGGAGUCAAAUAGAAAGAGGUAUUCGCGAAUGGUUACAAGUGGAUCUUCCUGGAGCUCAUGUUAUAACAGGAGUGCAAACCCAAGGUCGUUACGAUCAUGGCCGUGGCCAGGAAUACGUCGAGGAGUAUACUCUCGAGUAUCGACGACCAACAUUUUCCGAAUGGCGUCGUUAUAAACGUUCAAAUAACCAAGAGGUUUUCCCUGGCAAUAGUGAUACGUCUACGGUGGUCUCCCAUAAUCUUGUACCACCAAUAUUCGCCAAUCAAAUACGUAUCCUCCCACAUUCGGUCCACAGACGUACUGUUUGCCUUCGUAUCGAACUCAGAGGUUGUCAAGAUACCAAUGGCAUAGCGAGUUAUACUAUACCAGAAUCACCGAUGGUAGAAUUCAGUGACACUUCGUACGACGGUAAAAGGCAGUACAACUCGUUGACCGAUGGUUUGGGCCGACUGAUAGAUGGCGAGGUCGGCGCAGAUAAUUACAGGCUGGACAUGGGAGAUGGAAGAGGAACCGGUUGGAUCGCUUGGAUGCGCGAUACGUUCGCUACCGAUUUCGUAGAAAUUGUCUUAGAAUUUGAGAAUUAUUGGAUAUUCGAAACUGUUAACAUUUACACGAACAAUUAUUUUUCCCGUGACGUUCAGGUUUUUUCGAGGGCUAAUAUUUGGUUCAGUCAAGAUGGCGAAUAUUACGAGGACGAACCAAUCGCUUAUUCUUACAUACCAGAUAUCGUAUUGGAAAAUGCACGAAACGUUACCAUUGGACUUCGCGGCCGACAAGGAAAAUUUCUUAAAUUUCAUCUAUAUUUCGCAGCACGUUGGAUCAUGAUCGGCGAGAUUAUGUUCGACAAAUCCAAUCCAUACGAAAACGUAACGGAGGAGACAACUUUGAUGAUGGAAGAUGGCGAAACUCCGGUCAGUCCAAAUGCAGAUCUCAAUCUCAAUCUGCAAACAGUCACAGCACCGAGCGAGGGACAGGAAUAUUUGGAGGUAUUGAUAGGCGUCCUCACUGCUAUUAUACUUCUUCUACUCAUGGUCUUUGUUGUCAUUUUGCUAUUGAAUCGACGACAAAAACUUCAAAGUUCACCGACCGUACUUAAAAAUCCAUUUGGAUUCACGAUCAAUAUGAAGGGACUACUUCUAAAUUUAACGCCCGGUGGCAUGUUGAAUGACAGCGGUAAUCAUGCAUCGGUUGACGCGCCCGAAGACGUCAGCGUUCAUGAAUCAUUAACUAUGGAACAAUUUGAUUCUCCAUUGGUUAGUCCGCAAUGUAAAUCGACUUAUGCGAUCGUAGCCAAUUCCGAACCACCGAAAGAUUCAAAUGAUAAUUCAACGAUCUCCGAAGAAAACGUACGAUUGAACAGUCGAGCAGAUUCCAUAUUGGAACCACCAAGUUGUUCCUCAUCGCCAACCGAAUCAAUCUCUCGUCAUAUGCAUCAUUACAGAACAUUACAAAGUUACAGCAGUAACAGCAAUAAACUUAAUAUGACAACAACAACGACAACGACGACGAUGACAACGACGACGACGACAGGAACCAACGCCAUCAUUACUGCAACAACUACAACAACAACAACAACGACGACGACGACAACAACGACAGCAAGUUAUCGUCGAGAUAUGGAUCGUGGUCAUUCAAAACGCUGGCACACAGCACCAAAAGAAAAAUCUGUUGCAUUACAACAUAACAAUGUUCCGUCAAUUAACAAGAUACCAGCACCCGUCGUCACUUGGAACAUAGCUCCUAGCAUGAACAAGCCAUACAAAUGCAAAGAGAUCGAACCAACCGGUGUACCCCGGCUUUGCUUGAGAACCACGGAAAAACUUGGCUCGAGCACUAUCGGAGAAGCUAUCGUCUGUGAGACCGUAGACCUCGACGAUGUUAUACCAAGUGCUCCAAGAUUGGUCGUGGCCCGUGUACCAACUUGUAUCAACGACAUUCGAACUGGGCACAUAAGCAACAACGCUGGAGGGAUCGGCAUGCCCGGUACGAACGAUCAAAUGAGAGAAGUGAGGUUUCUAUCUGGAUUGUCCGAUCCGAAUGUGGCAAGGAUCUUGGGUGUCUGUGCAGCUGAGCCAGCUCCAUGGACAAUCAUCGAGUACACCGAACUCGGUGAUCUUGCCCAUUAUCUUCAGUAUAGCGUACCGCUUACAGGAACUUUAAGACCGACCUGCAAUCUAAAGACCCUGAGUCAAAACUGUCUCCUCUAUAUGGGUACGCAAAUAGCUUCGGGUAUGAGGUAUCUCGAAUCAAAGAAUCUGGUGCAUAAGGAUCUUGCUGCCAGAAAUUGCUUGGUUGGUCGAUCAUAUGCCGUGAAAGUUACGGAUAUCGCAAUGUGCAGCGAUCUUUAUAAGAAGGAUUACAGCGACAUUGGUGGUAGACCACCAGCACCGAUCAGAUGGUUACCAUGGGAAAGCAUUCUCUUGGAUAGGUAUACAUGUGCAAGUAGUACAUGGUCAUUCGCAGUAACACUUUGGGAAGUGAUGAGUUUAGCCAGAGAAAAACCAUUCCAACAUCUCACCAAUGAUCAAGUUAUUAGAAAUGCCGAACAUAUGUAUUACGGGGAGGAAUCACAAGUAUUCCUACCGAAGCCAACAAUGUGUCCAGAUGACGUUUACAAAAUGAUGUGUUCCUGUUGGAGAAGGGACGAAGAAGCAAGACCAUCUUUCAAAGACAUCUAUUCUUUCUUAAAGAACACGAUCGCGGAUUAUCGACCAGGCACAUAACAUCGAUAAACAUUGAACGAAUUUUUGUUUCACGUUUCGAAUAACAACGUUAUCGGAUGGGCUAUGAGUAAUCUGAAACGGUAUUCGCGUAUCAUUUGAGCUUCGGCAUUCUCCUAUUAAGUGAAAAUCUUUGAAAACUAAUACUAUCCCAAUACAGAAGACAAUUCCGUUUGAAUGUACGAAUCUGAACAACUCUCUAAGAUCGUUUAACGACGAGAGCCGAUAAACGGAAAGCUAUUUGCGUUAUAAGAUGUCCCUAUCUAAACGCAUUAUUAUAAUCUUUAGUACGUUCUAGAGAUCCGUAAACUUCCGUAAACGCUAAUUAAAGAUUUCUUUGCUCCUGCUGAUUGGAUUUGCGAACAAUUAGCUACACGUUUUGCGUGAACACGAUAACGUGUCAAAUAAGAGAGAGACUGCCAGAGUAUGCGUGCGUGACUGUAUGUGUCUGUCUGUCUGUCUGUGUGUGUGUGUGUGUGUGUGUGUGUACGUGUGUGCGCGCGUCUGUCUGUACAUCGGACGAAAAAAAAGAAAAAAAAAGAAAAAAAGAAAAAAAAGAAAAGCAUAUAUCGGACAAACUUACGUAUUUUUCCUACGAGGGACACAGAUUUUCUUCUUUUUCCUUUUCUUUUCUUUCUUUCUUUUUUUUUUUUUUCUCCUUGGAAAUAAUUCUUUUUUUUUUUUUUUCUUCGAAAAAUCUUGUUCGCAACCUGACGCAAUCCCCUGGCGGCAAACGAUUUCUCUUUUGAAACUCUAUCGAUUAAAGAAAAAAAAAAAAGAAAAAAAAAAAAAAAGGAAAAAAAAAGAAAGAAAGAAACAGAAAAAAAAAUAGGAAAAAAAGAACAAAAAGAAAAAAAAAAAAAAAAGGAAACACUUCCGUCGAAUCAUUUCCCUCGUCGUAAAGAUCGGUUGAUGUGUGACACAUUUAAGGGUAUACGUUUUAACGUGACAAAGAAAUCGAUCGUGUACUCCUUCACGGUCAUGACAUUCCAAAAUUUUAUGACCCUUUUGUCGUCGCGAAAACUUAGAUGUCACGUUACCGUGACAUUGAACUCGUUGUCACGCUACGUCAUUGUCACGAAAACAUACGGAGAUUUGAUUUUUAACUAAAAUGUCGUGCCGUUGAAUCGCGUGAAAAUAACAAGGGUUAGCGAAUAAGGGAUAGGGAUAGAAGGGGGAGGGAGGAUAGAGUUAGGGAUAGGGAUAAGGACAAAGAAAGAAAUGUCACUAUGUGUCGUACGAUGUCACGACAAACAAUAUCAAUGUACUACUUUUAUCGUCACGUAAAGACGUAUCCAUCUUGAAUCUGAAAUUUGUAGGAAAAGGAUAAUUAAUGGGAAAAAAUCGAAUGUUGCAUGUAAUUGAUUAUAACAAUUACAUUAAAUCGUUGAAUUUAUUUAUUACUUUAUACGAUUGAACGAUAAAUGUUAUUAAUUUUGUCCUAAUGACCGAUCACAAAUGCAAUCAAUCGAAGCGUCCCUAACGCGAAUUCAUAUAUUUUCCUUUCUACGAGUAAAAAUUCGUUGUGUACACUGUACAGUAUUGUGAAAACGAUAAUGUGUAAUAAUAUGCACGGCAUUACGAUACGAAUAAGUCUAUUCACUGUACAUACAACAAUAACAAUAACGAUAACGAUGAUAAUAAUAACAGCAACAACAAAAGCAAAAACAAAAACAAUAACAACAAACAUAAUACGAACGAAUAUCUAUUGAAAUCUGUGAAGGUUUUUAACGGUGCUCUUACGCUUGUUAGUCGAUGAUUGUUUCGGUUAAAUAAUAAUAAGCGAGGAAAGCGCGCCUGAGUGAUACGAAAUAAUCAUUAAUUUCAUCAUUUAUAAUCUAAUCAUCACCGAGUAUUACGAGCGUUUUUAACGAGAAAACAUUUUGCGCAAAAUAGAAAUUUUGUAAAUCGUCAAAAAUCUCGCGAUCGAUUAAUUAACAACGCAUCCAUCCUAUUUUCAAUCGAAGCAAAAAAAAAAAAAAAAAGAAAAUUAUGUCUCUCUCUCUCUCUCUCUCUCUUUCUCUCUCUCUCUCUCUCUCUCUCUCUCUCUCUCUCUCUCUCUCCGAUAAAGUUAUCGUUCGUAUUUGAUUGCUACAAUUAUUUCUUUCAACAAACAAAAUCCGAUGAUCGAUAAGACAAAGACGUCAAUAUGAAAUCUUAUUCUAUCUAACUGAAACAAUUUUUCCGACACUUUUUAGUAUCGUAAACAUGUUUUUCGACUUGGAAACGUAGCAACAAGUACUUAUUAUUAUUAUUAUUAUUAUUAUUAUUAUUAUUAUUAUUAUUAUUAUUAUAAUUAUUAUAAUUAUUAUUAUUAUUAUUAUUACUACUACUACUAUUAUUAUUAUUAUUAUUAUUAUAUCACAUGUAUUUAUCGAGGAAGAAAAUUUUACGAGCGUGUAAGUUGAAAAGUGAGGAGUAUGCUGAUAAGAAAAAAAAAAAAAAAAAGAAACGCUAUGCCUUUAUGUAAAUCCACUAUCCGAUCCUCUUUCUUCUUCUUCUUCUUCUUCUUCUUCUACAUCUUCUACAUCUCCGUCUUCUUCUUCUUCUUCUUCUUGUUGUUCUUCUUCUUGUUCUUGUUCUUCUUCUUCUUCUUCUUCUUCUUCUUCUACUGUAACGUUUUCUUCUAUCAUUUCAUUUACACUUGAAAACACACAGUGAAAGAAAGCAAUGACAAUUAUUAUACUUUAAGUGAUAUUAAUAAAAAAUGUAGAUUAAGCCACA